ACGGUUGGCAACCCUAUUCAAAACCGAACUUGCCAUUCUCCGUUAACUUGAAUGCAGCCCAGGGAAUUUUUGGUAAUCUGAUACAGGGGGCGUGCCGUGACCCCGCGGUGGGUGAUGUGGACCUCUCCGCCAGGAAAGUAAACACAUCAUUCCGUCAAGAUGGCCCCGCUCUCCGUGUUCCGAGUGGCACUUCUGGUGUCGUUUUCAGUGUUUCUGACCGUUGUGUUGGGUUUUGGACUGCCUGCUCUGCUGAACGCAGCGAUGAGGAUGUUGGGAUUACCGGAGACGAGUAUUACCGAGUGCAUAGUUGUGGUGUAUUUACUUUUUGUGUUGUAUGUUGCGACGCCUCGAAUUCCUAGAGGAUUGGUGGAGGUGAAGGGGAAAGCUGUGUUUAUUACAGGUUGUGACAGUGGAUUUGGUCAUGCACUUGCCAGACAUCUGCACAAGCUUGGCUUCACGGUCUUCGCUGGAUGUCUUCUUAAGGAUAAGGGUGGAGAGGGUGCAAAGGAACUGGAGGAAUUUCAUUCAGAUCGCAUGAAGGUAGUCCAGCUGGAUGUCUGCAGUGAAGAGCAGGUGAACCAGGCGGUGGAAUAUAUUAAAGACAAUCUGGAGGACUCAGAAAGAGGUCUGUGGGCUGUGGUGAACAACGCUGGUGUGUCAACGUUUGGAGAAGUGGAGUUUACUUCCAUGGACACCUACAAGCAGGUGUCAGAGGUCAACCUGUGGGGCACUAUCAGGGUCACCAAAGCUGUUCUGCCGUUAAUCCGCAGGGCCAAAGGCCGUGUUGUGAACCUGGCCAGCAUGUAUGGGAGGAUGGGAAAUGUCUUGCGGUCGCCUUACUGUGUAUCUAAAUACGGUGUGGAAGCUUUUUCUGAUUGCCUCCGCUAUGAGAUGAAGGCCUGGGGAGUAAAAGUGUCCAUAAUCGAACCGGGGAACUUCAUCGUGGCCACUGGCAUCCUGACCCGCGACAUUGUGGCCAGCACGGCCAAUAAGCUGUGGAAUGAGGCACCCUCGCAUGUGAAGGAGGAUUAUAAGAAAGCCCACUUUGAGCAGCACAUGGCUCUGAUGCGUUCUUACUGCAACAGCGGGCAGAAGGAUGUGGCCCCUGUUCUGGAUGACAUCACUGAUGCCAUCACGUCCAAGCGUCCUUACACAAGAUACAACCCGAUGGAGCCACACUGGUGGAUCAGAGUGCAGCUGAUGACGCAUCUGCCUGGCGCCAUAUCUGACUUCCUCUACUUCUGAAAGAGGAGCUGUUCCUGUACUAGCUCCCGCCGCUUCAGCCCUCAGAUAUAUUUUUCAACUAUAUAGCGCUCUGCAGAUAUACAGACUUACCCUGAAGAGGGGUCUCUGCUUUGUAUCCUCAGCACUUGAAAUCAUUCACUGAUCAAGCCUUAAAACUUAAUGGUUUUUUUAAACUGUAAGUUAAUUAUUGCACUUAGCUCUUUCUAUGUCUGACAAGAACCAUAACUUUAUCUAUACAGAUAUAUUCCGUGAUAAGUAGCAACUACUUUGUGUUGGAUAUCAGCAGGUCUAUGACAUACUCGUAACUUUAAAUACUGCAUCGUUAUUGCUUGCUGUGUUAUAUAUAUUUUUUUUUAAAGGAAAAAAAAAAAAGAUUGUGUUUGUCCCCUUAUAUCUCCCCCCCGAUGCUUGUAAUGUUUUGCCUUAUGGGAAUCCUCUGGAGCCCCACUGGCACAAGGACCAAAGCUUGGUAGAGCUCAAGAGAAGGCUCCUGCUGCUGUGUUGUGGCUGACGCCGGAACAAACCAAGGUCAGCUACUGUAAGGCCCUGGUGAGAUCUGGCUCGACUCACCCCUAAGUUAUGUAACAACAACACAAGCCCACUUUGUCUCACAUGCACCAUGAGACCCUGUGUGCUAAUUCAACAGUGAGGUCGUUUGAUGUGAUUAAUGGGCAUGCUUGAACAAAAAGCCCCCCCCCCACCCACCACCUUGGUGGAAAAGUUUUUUGUAUAUGAAAUGAUGUGAAUGAAUAGAGCAUUUUAUUUAGAAAAUAUUACAAUCACAGUAUCAUUUUUCAAGAACAAUCUGAAAUAAAGUGACCAAAAGGUGAUGUGUUUUGUUGGUCUCAUAGGCCUGGAUGGUGGCAGUAAAUGUAAUGAUACAAAUGGCCACCAGGUGGCAUACAUGCAUCAUACAAAACUACAACUGCUGUGCCCAUGCAUGAAUCACCUGUGUAGAAUCAUCUAUGUAUCUGAUAAUGUUAAUGUCCCAAUUCAAGCUGCAUUAUAAUCACAUUAUAGCAAAGCUGAGGCAGAGAAGAAAAAAAAUCUACCCAGUUUUCAUAUAGUUAGGACAUGUAAACAAAACACUUUGUCAAGUGCUGUAUUUCGUAAUUUUGUAAAGUACAGCUGUAAGAGAAAAUGAAAGUGGAAGUACCAACAUUUAACAAUUAAUUGUGUGAUGGAUAAAAACAGACAUUAUCAUUUUUAUGUCGUUUAUUAUGUCUUUUGAACAAUCUAAUAAACUCUUCUAAAUUAUUA